AUGACGGCAAGAUCAGAACCCUCUACAGAUAAAAAACCUGUGAAUUCUGCCUUGGAAAGAUGUUUGGAAGUUCUUAAAGCAGAAAAUAGUGACAGUGGGCAGUUUGCUGCACUUCUGUUGGUGACAAAGUGUGCCAAAGCUUCAGAUUUGAAUGAUGGAACUAGGCGCAGAAUCUUUGAUGCAGUUGGUUUCUCCUUCCCAAACCGGCUUCUUUUCUCAAAAUCUUCACCCGAUGGGUGUCCUGAGUACAUGCUUCGAAGUCUUGGCUUGACCCUGUUGGCUUGUUUUUGCAGUGACCUCUCUCUGGCCAAUCAUCCUCAGGUUCUUAAUAAAAUUCCAAUUCUCAAUGAAACUGUAAGUGCAUCGAGCCAACAAGAAUCCAAAAAUGAUUCUUCCAUGGCAGAGGAUGCCUAUCAGUGCCUCAUGGGCAUUAUGGCUGCUCCUGGAGGGAUUAAACACUUGGUAUCUGGAGGCACCAUAUCUUCUUUAUGUCAAGCUUAUUUGAAUCACAGUCAAGGUUGGGAAAAUGCUCUUAACGUUUUAACCACUUUGCUCACCUCUAUGCCAGAAAAAUCCUGGAAGAAAAGUCGAAAAGAACUUCAACUCCUAUUGGUUAAGCUAAGUGAAGAAUUUAAUAAAGAAGAGGACAUUCGUAAGUUCCACCUAGCAGAACUUCUUCCUGUGUUCCUACCUCCUUCACCCAUUUUGACUGAGACUUCUUGGGGUAAAGACUGCUUAGAACAUCUUUGUAUGGGUUUAUUUAAAGUCCUUAGAAGUAAGCUUAUUGUUUCCCAGAGAGACCCGGCAUUAAAGCUUGGAGCUUUACUUUCUCAAGUUUAUGCUUCCUCUUGGAUUUUCAUUGAAGGAAAAGAGAAGGGAAGAUUUUUCUGUUUACUGGUAAACUUGGCUUGUGUUGAGAUUAGGAUGGCACUGGAGGAUCCUAAUCCACUCAGUUCUAGGCAAGCUGUUGCUUCAGCUUGUUAUUCCUUGAUUGAGGUGGGCAUUCAGGAGUGUGCAAAAGAAGAGGCACAUCCCAUGCUAACAGAGGACCAGAAGUUGCAGCUCCUUCAAGUUAUACAAGAGGCUUGUGGAGCAGUGAUGUACUACUUGCAGCAGGUUGGAUGGGAGAAAGUUGAAGAUCCAUUUGUGCUGGCUUCUGUAAGACUACUUGGAGCAUGGCUGGCAGAGGAAACCUACUGUCUUAAGGAAGAGGUCAUUCAGCUACUUCCUUUCUUGAUACAUUAUAUGAGGACUUUGUUUCAACGGGGAGCUACCUGUAGAGCUCAACCUAAGGAAGUGUCUCAGGUGGCAUUACUGUGCAGCAACUGGGGAGCAGUAUGGCCAGGAGAUGCCAUAAGGUUCCUGCUUCCUGCUAUGUGCCAUCUAAGUGCAGAAGAAUUACCACGAAGGAUACUGAUCUCUGAGGGGGUCCCUGCAUUGUUAUGUGACUACUACAAAUAUCAAUGGGAGGUGUUCUCAUUGAAAGAUGAUCUGUCAGCAGAAGCAAGAAUUGAGGCUGAACUGAGCAUGCAAAGCUGCUGUGGUGUCUUCCUUAACUUGGCGGUGACUGAGCCAGCACUUGUUGGCCAGGAAAGCUGCUUUGUGUCUUUGUUGAAGCUUUUGGUGCAGUCUCUUCCUGUCCUGCUACUAAAUGGAGGACACAUGACUUUGGCAGCAAAUAUUUCUACUUUGGGACUGAUGAUAAGCAGGUUAUUGGCUAAAACUCCAGCUUUGCAGGAGGACGCUUCUAGAAAUUUCUUCAAGGCUGCCAUUCAGUUCUUAAGCUGCUCUCACGUUGCAUCCAAUGACCCAGACACAGGAAAAUAUCACAUUAUGCUUUGUGAGGAGUAUUCUGAUGCUUGGGCAGAUAUAUCUGAGUUGUGGUUCCUUGGAGUACAAGCAUUCUCUGCCUGCCUUCCUUUGUUGCACUGGUUGUCUCCAUUAGUACUAGAGUCUGGCUGGUUGGACAGUGUGCUAUCUCUUUUGAGCCAGGUUUCACCAGAGUCUGUCGACUUAGAAGUAGUGACUGUGCUGCAGGCUCUUUUCACAGAGCUGGCUCAGAGCAACGUGUCUUGCAGGGAACUCAUUCUGCAGCAAGGAGGGGUGGAGCUGGCCAAUUUAUAUGGCAUGGCUGCUCUGGAACAAUGCUUGUCUGAGAUACAGUGA